UUUCGAGCACUUCCGAUUGCAAUUUCGAAAUUUCCUUGUGCGUGCAGAUGCCUCCAUCCAUAGGUGUUACUGAACCGCAAAAAAGUGAAAAUCGAAAAAAAACCCGAGUUGGUGUUUUCGAACUCACUGAUUCAAAUACCAUGCACAGUUAUGCAGCAGUACCCAAUGGUGUUUUCUACGUUUUGAGCUCCAAUGAUGCUGACAGCUGACUAGGACAGUACUCAUAAUGAGAGCACGAUUUUCCGCAUUGAAGUGGCGGUACAAAAAUCUUAUAAAAACAGCACGUACAACAUUUUUCGAUUCGUCCGCGGCUGACAUUAGCGUGCAAGGCGCCAUCCCCAGUGUUCAGUGCAGGACGUGUCGCCGAUAGUGUAAAAUUCGCUAUUUUUAAUCAAAAGUAGCUACAUCCAUUUACUCUCUAGCCCCAUAACUUUAAGCUAGAUCCAUUUACUCUCAGUCCAAAAAAUGGUCACACGGACCUAUCUGCUGGGAGUAUUUCUUAUGUGUGUUGGUUAAAACGUUCUUUCGGUUGUGAAAAUGCGGUUCUGGACUCUGUGUUGCUCGCUUGUCUUCUUCGUUGCUUGCGUUCAGAUUCAAGAGACGAGUACACUUGACUUACAACGACUGAGAUCGGCCGUCCGCGAACGAUCUCAACCGAUCGUGAACACCGCCGUUAACUUUUGGAAUAGAGGAUACAGACAAAUUCAGCAGGGAUACGCCGGAUACUUUCCAAAAUCGAGCAAUUCCGGACCUGGUACGAGACAAGCUCGGCAGCUGGAUGAACAAGCGACCUCAAAUCUAAUCCAAGGAGACGACCCAGCACCUGCGCAGAAAAGAGCAUUACGAUCUCCGACGAGUCGGCGAAGAGCCUCCCAUGACAGGAGCAGACCUGAGCGAUCUUCAUCAUCAUCAUCAUCAUCAUCAUUAUCUUCGUCGUCAUCGUCAUCAUCAUCAUCAUCAUCUCAACUUGAAUCAUUAGCAUUACCAACACAAAUUUUAAACUCGCGAGUGAUGUUUGAUCAGCCAGAGGACGGUGUGAUGGUUACGACAGAAGUGAAUCCGACGUUGAAUUCUCAUAUCUUCCUCUUUGUCCCAGUCAUGAUUGCGUUGCAGUCCUCUGACGGUUACAUGCCGUAUCUAGUAAAGCGAGAAAUCUUCCAUCAUCCAGUUACAGGGCAAGCCAUGAGGAGGAUGACGUGGCAGAGAAAAGAUCUCCUGGGCAACCCACAGGGAGCGCAACCUGCGGAUGAAGUCUACAGACGGCUGAGAAGAGUCAUUCGGGCAAAUGAUAGAAGAAGGUUUUCACCGGCUCCAGUUUAUUUUGAAAAAGUUGAAGAUGUUCUAGACCCAAGAGAUGAACGAUGUUCCGACAAGGAUGAAAGUGCUUGUUGCAUAUGCUCUAAACGGAAGACGCAGUCAGUAUUGGAGGAAUGCGGUCACGAGGUAUGUUUCACAUGCGCUGGAGCCAUAACUGACGAAGCAUUCAUGCUCAUGAAGCAUUCUGCGUGCCCGGUCUGUCACUGCUCUUUGAAAGGCAUUCGUACAAAAAAUAAAUCGAUAGCUACGAGAGUUCUAGAUUGGCUAAACAGUCAAUAUAUACUUCAGCAGCAGCGGUUGGCUAAUGCAUUAAGACCGGAUCCUGAUUGCUGUUGAGUACUUCAAGAAGAGUCCUGUACAGUAGGUACAUGGAGGAAAAAAACUUCGUGCGUGGGACCCGAAGUUUAGGUCAUAUG